GCGGGGUCCGGGCGUCGGGGGCCGCGGGCAGGCGGGCGGGCGGUGGGCACCGUGCCUGGGCCGCCGGACCACCCGCCUCUCACGCAGACGUCUGCUCCCGCCUGCAGACCCCGCGUCCGGGCCGCCGAGCGUGACCAUGGUCUCCAAGUCCGACCAGCUGCUCAUCGUCGUGUCCAUUUUAGAAGGUCGCCACUUUCCCAAACGUCCAAAGCACAUGCUUGUGGUGGAAGCCAAGUUCGAUGGAGAGCAGCUGGAAACUGAUCCUGUGGACCACAGCAACCAGCCAGAGUUUGCUACCGAGUUGGCCUGGGAGAUUGAUAGGAAAGUGCUCCACCAGCACAGGUUACAGCGUACACCUAUCAAGCUUCAGUGUUUCGCCUUGGACCCUUCAUCUUCCGCCAAAGAAACCAUAGGUUACAUUGUUUUGGACUUAAGGACUGCUCAGGAAACUAAGCAGGCACCAAAAUGGUACCAGUUGCUGAGUAAUAAAUACACGAAAUUCAAGUCGGAGAUCCAGAUCAGCAUCGCUUUGGAGACGGACACCAAGGCGCCGGUCGCUAGCCUGAAAGCGAAGGGAGCCCCGCCCCGGGAUGGCAAAGUGCCCCCCGGCCUGGCCAGGCUGGACCCCAGGGACAUCGCGGUGGUGCUGAAUGAGGAGGGCGGCUACCACCAGAUCGGCCCCACCGAAUACUGCACCGACUCCUUCGUUUUGUCCGUGACCAUUGCUUUUGCCACCCAGCUGGAGCAGUUAAUUCCGUGUACCAUGAAGCUUCCGGAAAGACAGCCGGAGUUUUUCUUUUACUAUUCCCUACUGGGAAAUGAUGUUACAAAUGAGCCCUUCAACGAUCUCAUCAACCCCAACUUCGAGCCAGAGCGAGCGUCUGUUCGUAUCCGUAGCAGUGUAGAGAUUCUCCGUGCUUACCUGAAUCUUCAGUCUAAACUACAGAUCCAUCUGUGCUGUGGAGACCAGUCCCUGGGGAGCACGGAGGUUCCUUUAACGGGACUGCUGAAGAGAGGCAGUACAGACAUCCACCAGCACCCAGUCACUGUCGAGGGCGCCUUUACUCUCGACCCUCCCAACCGAGCCAAGCAGAAGCUUGCACCUGUUCCCUUGGAGCUGGCCCCGACGGUGGGGGUGUCUGUGGCUCUGCAGAAAGAAGGUGUAGAGUGCCAGUCUUUAAUUGAAUUAAAGACCCAGAAUGGACAUGAACUACAGCAUUCCAAGAAGAGACUUUUAACCCCCAUAGAGGAGAGGACAGAUACUGGACCCAAAUCACCCAGCAGGUCACCUGCUCCACCUCCCACCCAGUCACCUCCAACUAAAGAUGAUGCAACGGAAAGUGAAGUGGAAAGCUUACAAUAUGAUAAAGACAUCAAACCGAAUCCAAAGGCCCUCAGUUCUGUGCCUGCGUCACUGGCCCAGCUGGUGGCCGCCGCCAAUGCUUCAGAGACUGCUUCAGGACAGAAGAUUGCUGUUCCCGCGACGGCCCAUCAUUUUUGCUUCUCAAUAGACUUAAGAAGUGUCCAUGACUUGGAAAUCGGCUUUCCAAUCAACUGUAUAUUAAGGUACUCCUACCCAUUCUUUGGAAGUGCUGCUCCUAUUAUGACCAAUCCUCCUGUAGAAGUUCGCAAGAACAUGGAGGUUUUCCUUCCUCAGUCCUACUGUGCGUUUGAUUUUGCCACGAUGCCUCAUCAGCUGCAGGACACCUUCCUACGGAUUCCAUUGCUGAUUGAACUGUGGCACAAGGACAAAAUGAGUAAAGAUUUACUUCUGGGAAUUGCAAGGAUUCAGCUUUCUAAUAUCUUGGCUUCAGAAAAAACGCGCUUUUUGGGUUCUAAUGGUGAACAGUGUUGGCGUCAGACUUACAGUGAAAGUGUGCCUGUUAUAGCAGCACAAGGGUCAAAUAACAGGAUAUUAGAGCUGUCUUACACGACAACCCUGGAGGAUUACGGAUUGGUAAAAAUGCGUGAGGUUUUCGUCUCUGAUUCAUCCCAGGGUCUCGCUGCCGUCUCCCAGAAGCCCUGCUCCCUGCCUGCAGCCCCCGCUCCUGCUGAGGGCCAGGUGGAGCCUCGCGACACCCUGGAGUACAAGGCAGCCCUGGAGCUGGAAAUGUGGAAGGAGAUGCAGGAAGACAUUUUUGAAAAUCAGCUAAAGCAGAAAGAACUGGCUCACAUGCAAGCUCUUGCAGAGGAAUGGAAGAAAAGAGACCGAGAAAGAGAAUCACUAGUGAAGAAAAAGGUGGCUGAGUAUAACAUUCUGGAAGGAAAACUUCAGAAAACCCUAAUUGAAUUAGAGAAGCGAGAACAGCAGCUUGCCAGUGCUGAGUCAGAGCUUCAAAGAGAAAAAAAGGAACUAGAGUCAGACCGUGAGCGGAACCGACAGGAGCUUCAGGACUGUAUCCGGAGGGCCAGAGAAGACUGCGCUCAUCAGGUGGAGCUCGAGAGGCUGAAAACCAAACAGCUGGACGAGGAGAAGCUCCGCCUUCAGCAGCAGCUUAGUGAUUCUGAAAACAAAUACAAGAUUUUGGAAAAAGAAUUCCAACAGUUCAAGGAACAACAAAGCAACAAACCUGAGGUUCGUCUACAGUCUGAAAUAAAUCUUCUCAACUUGGAAAAGGUUGAACUUGAAAGAAAGUUGGAAUCUGCGACUAAGUCUAAACUGCAUUACAAGCAGCAGUGGGGACGGGCUUUGAAAGAACUUGCCAGACUUAAACAGAAGGAGCAGGAAAGUCAGAUGGCUCGCCUGAAGAAACAGCAGGAAGAGCUGGAGCAGAUGAGGCUGCGCUACCUGGCUGCCGAGGAGAAGGACACCGUUAGAACGGAGCAGCAGGAACUGUUGGAUAUAAGAAAUGAACUGAACAGGUUAAAACAAGAGCAAAAACAGUGCCAGGAGUCCAGGGAGAUGGCAAGUGGGAGAGCGGACGGCCCCCCCGGCCCGGCGCUGGAGGAAGGGCUGGACGACUACCUGACGCGCCUCAUCGAGGAGCGGGACACGCUGAUGCGGACGGGCGUGUACAGCCACGAGGACCGCAUCAUCAGUGAGCUUGACCGGCAGAUCCGGCAGGUGCUGGCCAGGAACACUGCGAGCACUUAGGGUUCUGUGGGGCCCGCCCGGCUGCAGCUGUCUGCAACACCUUCACCACGGCAGGGAGGCAUGUGGAGAUGCUCUAACAUUCUUUUGUAAGUAAAAUGUUGUAUAUCAUUGUACAGUAUUUAUUUAAUGCUACUUACCUUACGCUGCGUCUCCCACACUGGCUUUAUUCCUAACGGCAUUUUAUACACUCGUUUUGUAUGUUCGCUCACAGGUUACAAGCUGAUGGCGGACUUUCCACCCAGCUUUUCGCUAAGUUGGUUCUAGGACAAAUGACCACAGUAAUUUCUAAUUGUGUGAUUUUUACACCAAAAGAAUGUGUGCAACUUUCAAAGUGUUGUGUCCUUUUCCAUACCUGCUGGAUGAACACUAGCUGUAAAUAUACUCCUGCUGAUUUACUCAUUGCCAAAGCCUUACUUGGAUAGCUGGUAGCAUUUCCGGGUGACAAGCUUCGAAACAGAGCAGGGUCAGUGCAGGGAAUUGUGGCCUGGGGUCACAAGCUAACAUUCAAGUGCUCUGAAAGCAGACUUGAAAUGUUCAGUAGAUUCAACUUUUAAGAGCACAAAAUAGCAGCCUGAUAAGGUCUCCGGCCCAGGACUGCAUAAUGUAUUUUUAUAUUAUGGAAAUUAGAGAUUUUUUAUUUUCCCAGCAUUGACACAUUAGUUGUCACUGCAAACCCAUUACUAUGGAGUGUGAAAACAGACACGGAUUGGCUCCAGCUGGAGACAGUGACAACACCUCACCUCUCCUCCCCACUGAGUCCUGUCCGGGAGUCCGUGAGGUUAAGGUACCUCAGAUCUGCAGUGCCAAGUCCAUGCUGCCUGCACAGCGCCCCCUGCAGACAGCAUUCCUCCUGCCCUGCCCGGCACGUGGUGUAACGGGAAACAGAUUCCCCGGGUACUUCAAAACAUUCAUGGGAAAAAGCGAUGGAAAGUUCACACACGUUUUCCAUGAACUUUUUGAAGUAUAUUGUAUACUGUACCAACAGUAUGGAGCAAUAACUUCCAUUAAGCAAAAUAGAUUUGCUCAUGAAAUGAAUUUUCUUGUAUUUCCAACAAGCUAUAGUAUGUUUGGGGGUAAAUUAAAUCCCCUGUACACGUUUUUGUGUGUUUUUUCUUAAAGUAUUACUCUCCUAAAAACCCAGCAGUAAAUUGAAGAGAAAGGAAUUACUAAGUAAGGGAAUACUGAAUCUGUUAAUCAUAGCAACAAUUUGAAAUGCUAAUUAUGGUUAUUUUCUCUCCCUGACCUUUGUGCCACAGGAAUGGGAGAGUUUUUUGUUUGGGGGCUUGCGGGGUGAAGGAUUCCGAGUCCUUGCAGCUGCGCUGUCUGCUGCUGUGUCUGCGUUCUAACACUAGAGGGGGCCUCAGAUUUAAAGAAACAAAAACGUAAAGAAAUGGAUGUGUGCUUUCUAUAAAGUGAUCUUUUGGCUAUUGUAAUUUAACAAAUAAAAAUCAGAAUUACAUACA